GCGGAGCUGGCGGAGCGCAUUGGGGCGGCCGGCGGCGGCCGCGGCUCCAGGUGUCCAUGGUUAGUUGUUCAGGAAGAAUUACUGUGGAAGUUCCAUCUCUGGAAAGCUCCGUUUCCAGAGAUGACAUUUCCAUCUCCUCAGCAUUACUGUAGUGGUUACAGCUAUGCUGUGGCAGAAUAGGAAUUGCUUCUGGACUUGUCCAAGGUUGUAAGAGGGUUGUGACACUUCAGGUUCUAUGUAAUCUCAUUGGGCAACAGCAGUGGAACUCGUCUGUCCAAAAUGGUUUAUGGUGAAUUUUUCCGCAGACCUGGCAAAGAUGCAGAACUUAUCAAUUUGAAUGUGGGUGGCUUUAAGCAAUCAGUGGAUCAAAGCACCUUGCUCAGAUUUCCCCAUACCAGACUUGGAAAACUUCUCAAAUGCCAUUCAGAAGAGGCUAUUCUAGAGCUGUGUGAUGAUUAUAGUGUGGCAGACAAGGAAUAUUACUUUGACAGGAAUCCUUCCUUGUUCCGGUAUGUUCUGAACUUUUACUAUACGGGCAAACUUCACGUUAUGGAAGAACUUUGUGUCUUUUCCUUCUGCCAGGAAAUAGAGUACUGGGGGAUAAAUGAGCUGUUUAUUGAUUCCUGCUGCAGCAAUCGGUACCAAGAACGGAAAGAGGAAGGUCCUGAAAAAGACUGGGAUCAGAAGAGCAACGACAGUAUGGACUCCUCCAAUGAAGAGUCAUCCAUAUUUGACAAAGAGCUAGAAAAGUUUGAUAAUCUGUGUUUUGGUGAAAUAAGAAAGAAGAUCUGGGUCAGGAUGGAAAAUCCUGCAUACUGCUUGUCUGCCAAGUUAAUUGCCGUGUCAUCCCUGAGUGUUGUUCUGGCAUCAAUUGUGGCCAUGUGCAUUCAUAGCAUGCCAGAAUUUCAAAGGCUGGAUGCCAAUGACAGGGAGAUUGGAGACCCUGUGCUGGAAGCUGUGGAGAUUACAUGCAUCAUCUGGUUUACUGCUGAGCUAGUGAUCAGGCUUUUCACUGCUCCAAGUCAGAAGAAGUUCUGGAAGAAACCACUGAACAUCAUUGAUUUUGUCUCUAUUAUCCCAUUUUAUGCCACGCUGGCUGUGGACACGAAGGAAGAAGAGAGUGAAGAUAUUGAGAACAUGGGGAAGGUGGUUCAGAUCCUGCGGUUAAUGAGGAUAUUUCGCAUCCUGAAACUGGCCAGGCACUCCGUGGGACUGCGGUCUUUGGGCGCCACUUUGAGACACAGCUACCAAGAAGUUGGGCUUCUGCUUUUGUUUCUGUCAGUUGGGAUUUCUAUCUUUUCGGUGCUUGUCUACUCCGUGGAGAAAGAUGAUGACUCAUCAGAACUGCAGAGCAUCCCUAUUUGCUGGUGGUGGGCAACCAUCAGCAUGACCACUGUUGGUUAUGGGGACACUUACCCGGUCACGCUUGCUGGAAAGCUGCUCGGCACCCUCUGCAUUAUCUGUGGGAUUCUGGUGGUAGCACUUCCAAUCACCAUCAUUUUCAAUAAGUUUUCUAAGUACUACCAAAAGCAGAAAGCUAUUGAUAGAGACCAGUGCAACAAUGAUCGCAAGGAGAAAAGCAAUGACCUACCCUAUUUUAACAUUAGGGAUAUUUAUGCAAAAAAGAUGCACUCCUUCAUUUCCAGCCUUUCUUCAGUAGGAAUUGUAGUCAGCGACCAAGAGUCAACAGAUGCCUCCAGUAUCCAAGAUAUGGAGGAUGUUUAUAACACAGUAUCUUUAGAGAAUGGUACAGGAAAAUGAGUUGAAUCAUGUUCGUUUCUCUUUAUUUCUCUUCUGGUUCUUGGUAAAUGUGGACUGACAAACUUCAGUGAAUUCAUUAAGAGCAGUUGAUUCUCAGGGUACUUAAAUCUCAGCCAUAUUUGGACAUUCUUUGCUCUGAGGAUGCCAUAAAAGCUUCAUUGUUUAUAUGAGGCUUUAAAAUAUGCCUCAUACAGUGGUUUAGUUUUUACACAACUAGUGUUAUGCAUUUUGGGGACAAAAAGCUGGGAAAAGAAUUUUACAUGUGAGAUAAGUGGGGUUGUUUUUUGUUUUGUGGGUAUUGUUUGAUUUGUUCAUUGUUUUUUCCCCUGCAGCAUUCUUAUAUCUUGCACAGAAUUAGCUUUUAUAAUUUGCUGCUCUUCAGAUAGAGUUGUAUUAAAAAUUUGUAAGAACAAUUGCACAAGUUAGUGAAGUUUUCACCUGCAAAUACAUUAGAUAAAUGAAGUAAUCAUGUACAUGUAAAACUGUGUUCACUAACACAUUUAUGUAAUUUUAGAGUUGGGAACCCAUUUCCUAAGUUCGGGCAGAAAAUAUAUUGGUACAUAUUGUU